AUGUCGCAGAGGGAAUUUGUGAUCCUGGUUGACACCUCGGCAAAUAUGCUUGCCCUGCGCGACGCCCUCGAGAGCGACCCCGACUAUAGCAACGUGGAUGGGCAGGUGCAAGCCAAUAUUUUCGCUGAUCCCAUUCCCAUCGUCAUGGUCCCUCUCGACCAACUCGAUCCCCGGCCAUCUGUGAGGAACAUGGCCUGUCUGCCCCAGAUCAACCCAAAGGAAGCCCCGUACACUGACGCUGGAUUGACCAGAGAAGAAAUGGAGGCCUUGGUGGCAAGAUACCGUCGCCAAGGAAGGGCUGAUGAAGGUGUUGACGGAGGUUCUUUCCUCAUUGGUUUCGGGGUCGCGACCGUCCUGCUCUGGGCGAGCGUGAGCUGGUUAUGGAGCCUUGUCUUUGCUUGA